AUGGCUGAUGGGAUUGAGGAGGCGGACCGGCACAACCAGGAGGCUGUCGCAGAACUUAAAAGAACAUUGCGUGAUGUCCAGCCAUCGCAUUAUAUCUUCAAGAUACAGUCUUUCUCUAUGCUUUUGAAAAAUAUUGGAAAUUACGAAUCAGGAGUUUUUGAAGCUGGCAGCUAUAAAUGGAAAUUGUCAUUCUAUCCAAAUGGGAAUAAGAAAAGAAAGGGGAAAGAUCAGUACAUUUCACUAUACCUCGCAGUAUCCGACACAGCUAAUCUUCCUUCUGAUUGGGAGAUCAUUGUGAACUUUAAAUUAUUCGUCUUUGAUCAUAUACGCGACAAGUACCUAACUGUCGAAGGCAAAGGCGAGUGUCUGUCCACAACAAAGUUACUACGUAACAAAAUUUACACUUGGAAGGUUGACAAAUUUUCAGAUAGUGAAGAAUAUCUAUGGUCCGACGAGUUUAAGAUUGGAGGGCGGAACUGGAAGCUCUCUCUCUAUCCCAAAGGAAAUUGGAAGUCAAAAGGCAAAAGCCUAGCUCUGUAUCUGAACCUAGUUGAUUCUGAAAAACUGUAUGCAAAAUUCAAGGUGAGGGUAAGGGAUGAAGUCAAUGGUAAACACUUUGAACGCGAAGCUAGUGUCUGUUUCUGUGCCAGGAUUCCAAGCUGGGGAUUCCCAAUCUUCAUGCAUCUAAGUGAUCUCUUUGACGAAUCAAAGGGCUUCAAGGUGAAAGAUACUAUAAUUAUUGAGGUAGAAAUUGUAACGUUGUCUAAGACUAAUUCCAUUUUGUGUUCGGAGGAGAAGAAACAAGACAAGUAG